AUGCUGCGGGAGCGAUCGGCGCAUCGGAGGACCCAGGGUGGCGAUGGAGCUCGGCGGGAGGACCGGGACCAGGACCAGGACCGGAGGACCGAGGUGGGCUUGGGGCUGGGAUGGGGCUCGGCAUCCGGACGGGGACCACGGUCGGUGCCGGGCCCAUCCCAGCCCGGCCUCGUCGCCUGGGCCCCGGCACCGCGGGUGGGAAGAGCCGCUCAGGGCGGGCGCUGGGGCCGAUCCCGGCGGGGCCGCUCGGGCCGGAGCUCUGCCAGGGCCCGGCCGGGGGAGAAUGGCGGCGCUUUCCUCGUGCAGACGCGGAGCCGGGGCUGGGACCGGCCGGGAUGCGGGGACGCACUGGGCCGGCCCCGGGACCCCCCGAUCGCGACGGGCCGGCCCCGGGACCCCCCGAUCGCGACGGGCCGGCCCCGGGACCCCCCGAUCCCACCGGGCCACCGCACCCACCUCCUCCCCGCGGAGAACAUUGCCUGCCUCCCCUUUCCCCGUGGCCGCGGCCCCGGGGGGUUCCCGCCCGCAGUGCCCCCCGGGAACGAGGGGUCUGGGGCCCGCCGGGGCUCCGGCCACGGGCCCGCUCCGGCCGCGGGGAGCCGGGGCCCUGCUGGGGCAGGGAAGAACGGGGGCAGCCCUUUCCCCGUUCCUCCCGUGCUCCGGGACCCCGAGCAGAGCUGCCCGUCUGUCCCCCUGUCCCCGUGUCUGUCCUCAGGCAGCCCCAGCAGCUGGCACGGACCGUGCCGCGGGUCGGGCACAGGCUGCUCCCAGCUCUGCCUGCGGACCUUCGGCAAUUGCCGACAGCAGUUCUUUGCCCUGCCAUCCCUAAGGGGCAGCUCAUCUCACACCUGCCAGACGGGGAAGGUCCUGCCUGGGAGGGAAACGGCUACAGGGGAGGAAACCGAGAAAUGCUCCCACCGGACGCUGCCGCGCGAGUCAAAAGAGGGGAGGACCGCAGGGAAAUACAGUCAGGAAAUCCGCUUUUAUUCAGUCUCUGCAGCUCUCCGUGCUCUGCAGGAGCCCUUCGCAGCCACGGGCCAGAGGGAGCGCGGCCGGCUGGGCUGUGCCCGGCUGGGGACGGGCACCAAUUCAUCACUGCCGUGCUCAGGGAGGUUUUCCGGCCCCGUCCGGGAUUCUCCCAAUGGCUGCAAAGGUGUUCGUGCGGCAUCCGAGCUCAUUUCCAGGGAUAAAGGAGCCAACCGAGUCCGGAGGGAUCCCUCGCUCCCAGGCAAAGGCGUUGGUCGAGUGUCGCCGCCUGGUCCCGCCUGCGGGGCGGCGUCUCCUCCAGUUUCCCAGGGAGAAGAACAGGAACUCACAGCCACCAAGGCCUGACAGUCCCCUGCCGCCAGAACUCAGCACACACCAGAGAGGUAAUUCCAGCAUCU